AUGCGGUUUCCAUUUCUUGGGUAUGCUGCUUUGGUGUCUGUGGCUCUCGCCCAGUCCAGGAGCGCUCUUGUCUGGCCACGAAAUGCCACCAAACUUUCUUCGGGUGACGGCCUCACAGAGGUCGUCUUCCUCAGCAAUGAAACGCGUCCUCACAGUUCUCCUGAAGAGUCUUCCGAUCGCGCCGCUGCGUUUUAUCGUGUGCAGACUGACUGGCAGCUGCCAGAGGGAACCUGCAACGAGCAGAUCCCUUGCGCGAAUGGGGCCUGCUGUAGCAAGGCUACUAAACUGUGCGGCUACUCUCCAAAGGAGUGCGGUGCUGACUGCGUCUCCAACUGCAAUGCCAAAGCAGAAUGCGGCCAGUACGGCGCACCCGGGAAGCAAAAGUGCCCACUAGGCGUUUGCUGCUCGGAGUUUGGGUUCUGCGGCUCGACGGCUGACUUUUGCGAGAAGAAUUGCCAAAAGGACUUUGGCGGCUGCGGCAAGGUCAAGCGACCUUCCUGCGGCACCGAUUCCGGCACAGCCGAUAAGUUGUCCAUUGGCUAUUACGAGUCCUGGGCAAACACUCGCAAGUGUCAAUCCGUCUCCCCGGAAGACCUGAACCUGGGCGGGUUCACUCACCUCAACUUUGCCUUUGUAUUCUUCCAUCCCCAGACCUAUGAGAUUGUUCCGAUGGACAAGAAUGCAGGCGAUCUGCUCCACCGCUUCACAAAACUCAAGGAGAAGAAGCCUGGCUUACAGACCUGGGUCAGUGUCGGUGGGUGGUCUUUCAACGAUCCUGGCCCAUAUCAAACUGCGUUCAGCGACAUGGCAAGGACACGCGAGGGUCGCCAGAAGUUCAUUGACGGCUUGAUAACCUUCAUGGACACAUACGGAUUCGAUGGCGCUGAUCUGGACUGGGAGUAUCCGACUGCUGACGAUCGCGGUGGCCGGCCAGAUGACACGGCCAAUUUUGUUCAGCUGUCGGCCGACAUCAGCACGGCUUUUGCUGGAGUCUACGGGUACACCAUCACCCUACCAGCGUCAUACUGGUACCUGCAGCACUUUGAUCUUGCCAAACAUCAAGAGUCUGUCAACUGGUUCAACAUCAUGUCUUAUGACCUGCACGGCGUCUGGGAUGGUGCUUCCAAAGCUAUUGGGCCAAAGGUAGCGCCGCAUACCAACGUCACCGAGAUGGAACUCGGCCUUGAUCUUCUUUGGCGCGCUGGUGUCAAGCCUGAAAAGGUCGUUCUCGGACAGGGAUAUUACGGUCGCUCAUUUACUCUGUCAGACCCCUCUUGCAACAAGCCGAAUGGCGUCUGCACCUUCUCAGGUGGUGCGAAUGAAGGACCGUGCUCCGGAGCUUCUGGCGUCCUGACAUUGCAAGAGAUCAAGGAUAUCGUCAAGAAAAAGGAUCUCAAACCUGUUUAUGACAAAGAGGCGGGAGUCAAGUGGGUUACAUGGGACUCUAACCAGUGGGUGUCGUAUGAUGAUGAGGAAACGCUGCCUCACAAGAGGGACCUGGCCAACGACAGAUGUCUUGGGGGCCUCAUGGUGUGGGCCAUCGAUCAGGUCGAUCAAAAGGAGAAGAGCUUGGCAUAUCCUGAGGGCCUGAGCGAGGAAGAAAUUGAAGCGGCCGAGGCCAUGUACCAAGAUGAAGCUGCCCAGGGUGUCUGUUAUACCACAAAAUGCGACCAGAAAUGCGACACUGGCGACCACGAAGCCUCGCAGAUGAGCGGCCAGCCCGGCCAGCUAUCUACCAUGGAGCGGUGUGAGAAAGGCAAGUUCCGCCGGCUCUGCUGUCUCAAGGGAUCUACCAUGGGAACCUGUCGAUGGCGCGGGUAUCGCGGCCUCGGCCUGUCCUGCACUGGUGGCUGCGGAGAAGGUGAGACAGAGCUCACCCAGAACACCAACCACCAUUCUGAUAAGGAGGAUCAAACGUGCUCGGGCGGUACGCAGAGCUAUUGCUGCAAGGGUUUCAAGCCACCCAUCACGAAAGAGCAAGUCACGGACAAGAUCAAAGACAAGGCCAAAGACGCCGCUAUUGACAUCGCUGAGGCGGCGGCUUUGGAACUCGCGGCUACUGCAUUUUGUCGUGUUGCUAUCACUGCCUUGCUGACGCCUCUUGCCGCCAUUCCGGUUGUUGGUUGGAUCAUUCGUCUCGCGCUCCAGGCCGCCGUGCCAGCACUCUCCAAGCUGUGCGCAAAGGGAAUCGCCAAGGCCGGCAAGUCGGUCUUCAAGUUCCGAGGCAAAGAGUACGAUGUCAAGCUCGACAAGCCGCUCAAGCCAAAGAACGAGCGCAAGCCUUCGGAGAAGCCUGAGAAGCGGCCGUCUCGCACGCAAGAAUGCAAAAACGGCGGUAAAAAUCGACUCAAAGCGAGGGCCCUCGCGACAAAGACAACGACAACGACAACCUUCCUCCAACCUACACAAGUCGUCGUAACCAAGACUUGCGGCGGCAAUACCGCGGCGCAGGCGUGCUUGCAUUACAGCUCCGUGAUGAGUCGCAACCCAGCACUCAGCAGCAUGACUUGCAUUGAGAGGCGGGGAGUCCAAGAGGGCGGGCUGCGGGCGGUAAAGGUGCAAUACUCCAAGGAUCACCACACGGACUGGAUAAAGGGCUGGCUCCAGCUGCCGGACCUUUUGUGCGAGCGUGACGAAUUUCCACCGGCGGCUAUCUGGCAGGCUCGCGACAAGUCUAUCUGGAUUCGAUAUUUGCCGCAGACUGAGAACGGAUCCGCAGGGCAGCUUUUCAAGAAUGUGUGCCCGGACAAGAUCUCACUGAGCAGAGUCGGAAUCAAUAACGGCCGGGUCGUCAGGCAGGGCUGCCGUGACUGGCUCAUCCGUACGGAAACGGUCCAGGCCAUCGACACGAUCUUCGUGCUGAAGUUUGCUCGCAUGCCGGCUCUCGCGGACGCUGGACUGACGGAGAACCCUUGCUGGCCAUCCACGCUGGUCGACGAUCCCGGCUUUGCGCUCAACCUCAACGAUGCCUGGUAUCAAGAGGCCCCAAACAGGGGGAGGCGGGUCCACAAGAAGUUUUACCCGAACCCCCCUGGACCCGAUUAUACCCAGGACAAGGUCAACAAACCAGGUUGGGGAAAACGCGACCUGACGGGUCUUGACCCUGGUGAUAUAUACGUAGACGAGGGUAACUCGUCUCGCCGGGCGUCGGAGGAGGAGCUGCUGGAAGAUUUUGGCUUCAUGAAGUGCUCGGGAGAUUGCUCUAGUGAGAUGGCCGACCUUGGAUUUGCUUCCCUUCCCAUUCUGCAGAGCUCGCCUACGCCCACGCCAAAGGGAGUCACCGCGGAAACGACGCCGGCUUCCGCAGACGCAGCUGCGUCGACGACCCUCGCUAAGGUGAUGAGGGUCGUAGCAUCGACCGCGACCGCGGCUGCAGAGGCCAUGAUUACUGGCGUGGCUGAUUUGGCUUCCCUUGAGGAGGGCAUAGAUGAGCGGGAGACGAAUCUGGUUCUGUGGUAG